AUGGAUCCUGUUCUUGAAAGAUCAAAAAGUUCGAAGCAAUCAAAACUUAGUUUGAGCUUUCUUAAAAGUGCAAAAGCUAAGCUAGGGAAAGCAAAGUCCAAGUUGAUAUUGCAUGAAGCUUUACCUGUAAGAAUCACAGAGUCACCAUUUCUCCAACCUGUACUUCAAGUUGCAGCAGAAGUUGAAAAAUUGGUCAGGGGUCCUUCAGCUUAUGAGGUGACAGGAGUGUAUUUGGAAGAUGAGUAUAAAGAGAUACAAGAAUGGGUAAAUACCUUUAAGCCAUUAUGGGAAGAAAGAGAGGUGACCAUUAUGUGUGAUGGGUGGAAAGAGACAACUAAUCAACAUAUAAUCAAUUUCUUGAUUUAUAGUACAAGAGUCGAUAAAAUCGGUGAAGAAUUUCUUGUUCAGGUUGUUACAGACAAUGAAGCAGCUAUCAAAGCCGACGGUCAUAUGUUGAUGCAAAAGAGAAGGCACUUGUAUUGGUCUGCAUGUUCUGCUCAUUACUUGGAUCUUAUUUUGGAAGAAAUUAGUAAUAGGAAAAGUGUGAAAAAGGUCUUAGAUGAGGCAAAAAAGAUAACUUCUUUCAUAUACAAUCAUACUUGGACAACUGAUUAUAUGAAAAAAUAUACCAGGGGUGCAGAUUUCUUACGACCUGGGAUCACUAGAUUUGCUACCAAUUUUAUUGCUUUAGAGAGAAUUGUUAGAAGCAAACAAGCACUAAAGGAAAUGGUGACUUCUUCAGCAUGGAAAAGGUCCACAUAUGCAAGAAAACCAACUGGACUAGAAAUGACUGAAGUCAUUAACUCAAGUGACUUAAGGAAAAAGGUUGUUGAUGUCUUAAAGAUCCAAGAACCGUUGGUUAAAUGGUGA